GCGUCCGCGCCUCCUCCCGUCACCAUAACAGCCGCUCCGCGCCGCUUCCCCAAUAAGCCCCCCCGGUAUUGGUGUCUAAGCAGAUGCCUGUCGCGAGAAGACCCGGAAACGCUUUGGACGCUUUCGUGGUUGUUUUUCCCCGCCCCCUCUCGGCUCACCGUCCUCCGUGACUUGCCAGGGAGAUGAGAGGAGAAGCGGUCCAGGCAGCAGCAGUUUUAUUCUGAGAUGCCUCAGUAGAAAAAGAGCUUGUUCCUUCAGAUGGCCAUCCUUCCAUUAUGGAUGAUUUUCUUCGUGUGCGUACCAGAAUACAUGUGUAAGUUGAAAUCUGCCUUCCCCUUGAAACUAGCUGAUGCACAGAACAAAUGUCCAGAGGUUAUGCAACAGGUUUUGAAAGAUGGCUUUCACAGAGAUCUCUUGAUUAAGAUAAAUCUUGGUAUAUUUGAUGAAGUCAUAAGAAGCUGCACAGUGGCAAUGAAAGUACACCUUCCCAGUGGACUAUAUGUGGAUCCCUAUGAAUUGACAUCUUUGCAAAAGUACAAUCUCACUGAGGCAUUGGUAAUUUCAGAUAAUGUAGAUUUGGAAGUCCCUGAAUACUUAGCCACUGACAUUUCUGUCCUUGUUUACAUGAGACCCGAUCCUGAAUGCCAUUUCUGUUUUAGAGCAUUAUUACCUUUGCAUUGCCGAUAUCACCGGCCAACAAAGGAUGAUGGAAAAAUCUUUACUGAAUUGAAGAGUCCAGAAAUACUGAUCCAUUGCCAGAAAUCUUUCCAGUCAGCGGAGUGCUUGAAAGAAGCUGAAAUAGAAGCUCCUUGUUCCCAGAAUAAUAUUCAUAUGUGUCAUUGGGAUAGUGUGACGCUCAAAGCUGUUAAGAACGAAUUGAAACUGCAGAUACCAGUUGGGUUCAAACAUCACCUAACACUGGUAUGCACAGGAACUUUUGUUACUACAAUACUAUGUUCCAGUCUUAUUCUUUCAGCUCUGUGGAAACAUGGACAUUUCUCCUUUGUCCAUUGUUCACUGUGAAACCAAACAAGUUUUUACUACUGGCUCAUCAUAGGGAAAAAGACUGUCUAACUACAACAGACAGACACAGGAGGCUUAUGAUUGGCCUAGCAUCACAGAUUGGGUGCAGGUCCAGUACCUUUUAUUUGACUGGUGUCAAAUAGCCAGUGACAAAGGAUGCUUAGACUUGCAGUCUUAACAAUAUCAAGAGCACUGAAUUUUGCCCAUGCCAGCUUUACAGCAUCUCUUGAAGCCUGAGGGCAUGUUGAGUCGGGCAUGCUCUCCUUACACAGCUCCUUGAUGGCAGUGGGUAAAAAAUAUUGUGAUCUGUUUAUAUUACUAAUAAAGAACAUGUAAUGUGCUGGUCUUGUAAAA